AUGGCAACAGAAUUGGUAACCCCUAUUAAGCUCCAUUCUUCAUCAUCCUCAACAUUGUCUUCUACACCACCAUCAUUGCACAACCAUCAAUCUUUACAACAAUCACAUAAAGCUGACAAGUUACAUCACUACAGUUUAGAUCCUCCAAUAUUAAAUGGAUGCACUCCUUAUCCAGUCAUCAAUAACAAAAAUAACGUUGAAAAUAACAAAAAUCAUCGUAAAAAGCAGCAGAGGUAUAAUGAAAAAACUCAAUCUGAUAUUUAUUCUUCAGCUGCUCUGACGAACAACCAGCAACAACAACAUAAACAACAUUUACAAAAACAGCAUCACCAGCAAUUUUCUCAAAAAACUCCUCAGAAACAAACUGAUCAACAACAUUUGAUGCACCAACAACAGCAACAACAUCAUUCGCAGCAACAAGCAUGGAAUUACAACAUUAGUCCGGGGUGUAAUUCUGAAAACCAUCAGUCUCAUGUUUCAGGGAUUAUCCAACAACAACAGCAAAAAAAUCAACAACAUUUUCAACAAUUCCAGCAUCACACACAACUUCAGCAAACAAAUGAAUUUAUUCAAGACCAGCUGAUGAAGAAUAGUAUAUUGAAUUACCCUAAUGGCUGGAAACCAGUGAAUGGGUUUGUGGCAGAUAAAAUUGUAAGAGGCAAUGAUCAGAAACUUGAAACAGACACAUACACAUGUACUCCUCUGCCUACUCCUCCUACAUCACAAUCAAUAAAUAAUGUCGUUAAAUCGGAUUCAGCUAUGACACCUGUACAAUCAUCCUCUUCAAUGGUAUCAUCAACUUCAUUAACUGCAACAAAUUCAUUAUCCUCAACCACAACACCAAUAACAUCAACUCAGUCUAAUACAACCAAAUCUUUCAUGCCCCAGUUUGAAGAUAUAAGCGAUGCAGAAGAUGAUGAUGAUAUCAGAAGAAGUGAAGAAGCAAGCAAGAUGAAAAACACUCCAUUGGUAUCUGGUAGUGCUACUGGCCUAACGAAUAUUUCUCACAUGUUAUCUUCAAAUAUCUCAUCCAACAAUCUUUUCAGACCCGCUACACCUUCUGGCUACACUACUAACAGCAAAAAUAACAUUAACCCAAUUCUCAAUGCUCAUCUUGCACAAUCGGCUUGGCCCAACCUCAACUUUGGUUAUCCUUUACCAAACACUUCAGUGCAACUACCUUUAUCAUUAAAUAGUAUCAUAAACAGCAGUUCAGUAAACACUUUAACAUCUCCGCCAUCUACCACUUCAAUCUCAACAUUAAAUGCCAACCUUUCUUAUUCUUUGGCAUCGCUUGCACUGCAUCCUGGUCUUCUGGCGCAACAGGCUGCACUUUGGAAAGGAUUUUCUCCAGCAAAUAAACUGCCAAAUACAUCAACUUCACGUGAAUCAAGUAGUUCAAAAGCAUUCAGUCCAAAUAAAAUUGAAACAUUCAACCAUUUCAACAAUGCCAAUCUGACGAAUUUAUCUUUUGAACUUUUGCUACAACAGUCCAAUAUUUUACAAAAUUUACCAGUUGAUACGAAACUUUUGGCAGCCUCAUAUGAGCAGGUAAUACCAUUUUUGCAAAUGCAAAUGGCGAAGUCAGCCGAAGUCAAACAGCAGCAACCGCCACAUCUACAGGAACAUCAUUCAUUACAGCAGACACAAAAUCAACAGUAUCUACAAUAUCAACAACAGUCAACGCAACAAGCCCAACAGCCUCAACACUCUCGGCAUGAUGAUAAAGUUCAACUUUUCAGUCCCUGGCAUGCAUCUUCUUCAAAAAAUAAUUCACCUCCCAAAAAUAACAACAUUAUCAUUAAUAGCAGUUGCAGCUACACCAUGAAUCAAAGCGCCUCUAAUAAUAUUCCCAUACAUUUACAGAACAACGGUAACAACAUUUCACUAGAUGCCACUAAACACCAGUCCGGUCCGCCUCCUCACACUCUCCUUAUCGUAGACGACAACAAAUCAGAAAGCAAAGUUAUCACAAAAAAUUCUUCUCUCCCUAUGAACCAUAACUUUAACAACAAUAUUAACAAUUCAAGUAGUGAUUAUCUGUCAGAUAAAAAGUUGAAUUUUUCUUCUUUCCCGUUAUCUCCAGCACCAUUAACAUCAUUUUCCUCGUCGUUAUCAUUACCAGCAGCACCAUCUUCAUCUUCGUUAUCUUUAUCGUCCUCUUCAUUUAUUCCAUUGUCAUCAUCAAUUCUAAGAAACGCAUUACCACUGAAAUUUGACAUAAAAGAUAAUCUGCAAUCAGCAUGCGUUAUCUCCACUAAUUCUUUCAUCUCGUCCUGCAGUAGUAAUGCUACAAUCGCCAACAGCACAAACAACCUCCCAACAAGUUGCAUCAAAACUAGUAACAGUAGCAGUUGUAACAAUAGUUUCAUCAUCAACAGCAUGUAUCCAAAUAGUAAUCUUAUGAACAUUGCUAGCAAUAACUACUGUACAAAUAGUCAAAAUUGUAAUAAAAUAUGUAGCAGUAUUAAUAAUGGCAAUGGGAAUAAUUUUAGUCAGUGCAUCAUACAACCGUCUGACAUAACAACAGCCCUUGAUACUUUGACGAUGCAACAAAGGCAAAAGUUGCAGCAGCAGCAGCAACUGAUAGCUGCAGAUCUUAACAGCAAACUUUUAGAUGCAUGCACAACUCCCAGAAUGAACAGUCCAGUAACCACCACCACCAGUUGUUCACAGACUGGUGAAAGUGUUGAAUGUUCUGCAGAAUAUUCAAUGUCAUCCUCCUGUCCAAGAGUUCCUCCCCUCAAAAUCGUUCUACCUCAAAAGUCUGGUGAUGUUACAAUAGAGAAGCCACAGAUCGUCAUUCCUCAGCAAAAAAUGAGCAUGCCGUAUGUUACAGGUUAUGCACAUACAAUGGAAAUAUCCCUUCCUGCAACAUUUGUUGCUGCAUCCAUGUCUACUGCAACAAUUCCUUCUGCUGUCUCAACGAAGAUGACAUCGUGCAGUGACGUCAUUUCAACGACGUUGACUGCAACAAAAAUUUCUUCUACAUCGAUUUUAAAAGAUAAAAUUUGCGCAGUUGAUAUUCAAAAACAUUCUGGAAGCAUUAACAGUUUUCAAUCAACAUAUAACAUUAUCAAUAGUAAAAACGACCACAAUAUAUUCAACAACGCUACUAAAUGUGAAAAUGUUUCUAACGUCUGCAACACCAAUGAUAAUGUCCACAGCUUUCACACCAACAAUAAAAACCACAACAAUAUAAUAAAUAAUACUGUAAUCAACGUAACAAGUUGCAGCAACAAUGACAACAACAGCAAGAAUGUUUACAAUGCUGCACCUAUGAUUUCAAAUGUGGAGUGUGUACCAACAAAGAAGAGGAAGACAAAGCACCUUUUUAAGACAUCAGGAAAAGAUUCUGAUAUAGAAACCAACGUUGCUUCCAAAGCCUCAUCGGCAUCUACUACGUCAAUUGCGUUAUCAACAUCUACAUUAGGAGCAACCACAACAAGUAGCAAUGUGGAGCAAGCAAAAAACAUUCUUUCCACUGCUACAUCUCUUACCUCCAGCACAACUACUAUUACUUCAACAAUAUCAACUUCAGAUAAAAAAUUUUCUUCUCCAAUUGAAUCAUCAAGCAGCCGAGCGAAGAGUGACAAGGUCAACAACGGCAAGCAAGCAACACAGAGGUCAAAGCAGAGAACGAAGAAACUCUCACAAUGA